AUGGAUUAUGAUACGACAGAUUCCAGGGUGGAGACAGGAGUGAUGGUUCCCCUGGGCCUGUGCCUGACAGACCCAUUCAGGAGGGGUUCAGGAGGAGGAGGGUGGAGAGGUGGAGGUAGUCCUGGGUCAGGAGGAUCCGUUAAUACCUUCAGCACUCAGAGAGCUCUUUGUCAGACUACCCUGGAUGCACUGUGUCCGUACAAAGGAUGGGCACUGUACUUCACAGAAGGCUUCAUACAGAGCUCACCUAGUGUGGAGAAGAUUAAAGUGUUUGAGAAAUAUUUCACUUCCAAGAUUCAGCUGUAUGACAAGGAUGAGAUUGAGCGUCAGGGCAGCGUUCUAGUGGAUUACGCAGACUUGACUGGAGACAAGACUGUGCGUAAAGCGCUUCCUGACCUAACCACAGAGCUGAAGGAACAGCCAGAGUUGAUACUCAACUGUUUGGGAAUGGCUGUUCACCAGGUGUUGACUAUAGAUUUGGAGAAACAGGCUGCUGAGUUGCAAGGGGAAGAGCUUCCUGUUGCCGCGCCAAUCAUCAACAUCCCUCACAUUAGUGCGAGGCUGUAUAACUAUGAACCGCUGACUCCGCUGCGGACACUGCGUGCCAGUGUGUUUGGGCGGCUGGUUUGUGUGAAGGGAACAGUGGUCAGAGUUAGCAAUAUCAGACCUCUCUGUACCAGGAUGGCCUUCAGAUGUCUGGGCUGCUCACACACACAGUCUCUGCCACUGCAGCAUGGGAAAUAUGCAACACCUACCAAGUGUAGCCAGCCUGACUGUCGCAGUCGUUCCUUCACCCCCAGCCGGAGUUCUCCUCUUACACACACUGUAGACUGGCAGAUUAUCAAGGUGCAGGAGUUGAUGAGCGGAGAGCAGAGGGAGACUGGACGAAUCCCACGCACCGUGGAGUGUCAGCUGACCUCCGACCUCUGUGACAGCUGCGUCCCUGGAGACACUGUAACUGUGACAGGGAUAGUUAGAGUUACCAGCGAUGGUAGUUCCCGGGGGAAUAGGGAUCAGUGUAUGUUCCUCCUCUACCUUGAAGCCACAUCAGUCAGUAAUACUAAAGGUCAGCACUCCAAGUCAGGUCAGGGGUCAAGAGGGUCGCUUGAAGAUCAUUCUGGAGGUGAGGAGUUCAGUCUGAAAGAGCUGUAUGCCGUCCAGGAGAUCCAGUCUCAGCCUGACUUACUGAGACUCAUAGUACACUCUUUGUGUCCUGUCAUCUAUGGUCAUCUCCUGGUGAAAGCUGCCCUCGCCUUGGCCUUGUUUGGUGGCAGACAGAAACACACAGACAAGAACAGUGUUCCAGUCAGAGGAGACCCACACAUCCUGAUGGUGGGAGACCCUGGACUGGGGAAGAGUCAGAUGUUACAGGCAGUGUGCAACGUCGCUCCCAGAGGAAUUUACGUAUGUGGCAACAGUACCAGCACCACAGGAUUAACAGUGAGUUUAUCCCGAGAUGCAGGAACAGGAGAUUAUGCUUUGGAGGCUGGAGCCCUGGUGCUGGCUGACCAAGGUUUGUGCUGCAUUGACGAGUUUGAUAAGUUGGGCAACCAGCAGCAGGCUCUGUUGGAGGCCAUGGAGCAGCAGUCUGUGAGCCUGGCUAAGGCCGGAAUAGUUUCCUCUCUGCCUGCAAGAACGUCAGUCGUAGCUGCUGCAAACCCAGUCGGAGGACAUUACAACAGAGGCAAGACUGUCUCUGAGAACCUCAAAAUGGGCUCAGCUCUCCUCUCUCGCUUUGAUGUUGUCUUCCUCCUCCUGGACAUCCCAGAUGAGUCACAUGACCGCCGCCUGUCAGAGCACGUCAUGGCAAAUAGGGUAGGAAAAGGCAGAACCAGCAGUGCCACAGUCACCAGGGCCAGCAGUGAAAUGGACACCUCCAUCCUGCUAGAACACUCAGACAUGCCGCUGUCUGAACGCUUGCAGAUCCCUGCAGGUGAAACUGUAGACCCCAUUCCAGCCUGCUUGUUAAGGAAGUACAUCAGCUAUGCUCGUCAGUACGUCCAUCCCUCGCUGUCUCCAGAAGCAGCACAAACACUUCAGGACUUCUACCUCUCACUGAGAUCUCAGGCGCACUCUGCCGACACUACACCCAUCACCACAAGACAACUGGAGUCUUUAAUUAGAUUAACCGAGGCAAGAGCCAGGCUGGACCUCAGAGAGACGGCUACCAAGAGCGAUGCUGACGAUGUGGUGGAGAUCAUGAAGCACAGUCUGGCUGAUACAUAUUCAGAUGGUCUGGGCAAUCUGGACUUUGACCGCUCUCAGCUUGGAUCAGGCAUGAGUCAGCGCAGUGCUGGAAAACGACUGAUCAACGCUCUGCACUCUCACGCACAGAGGACCAGUCAGAAGCAGUUUGACCUACAGAUGCUUCGAAGUAUCGCAGACAGACUGAACAUCAAGGUGAUGGACUUUGAAGGUCUGGUGAGCUCCCUGAAUGAACAGGGUUUCCUCCUGAAGAAAGGAUCCAAGCUGUACCAGCUGCAGACAGUCUGAUUCAGAAUAUGUGCCUGCUCCUAACUGCACCUCGCUGCCAGGUCAGUGUCAGGGAUUCAUGAAAAGGGUAUCUCUCUGCAGAAAAGAAAAAACAAACUAAACAAAUGUAUGAC